UAGUAGCUUCGUUUUAAGAAAUCGCCAAGCGUCAUGUGGUGGAAGAGGCAGCGUUCUCUCACAUCUCAGGUGGACCUAUGCCCUUGACCUACGCUGCCUAGUCCGGGUGGGAUUUCCAUUUAACGUGCUGGCGGACAUCAACUUCCCGACCCGUAGCAUAUGCAACGCUGAGGGACCUAAAGAGUACAGAGCUGAUGGCAUUGACAUCCCUGCCCUUCUUGAUGCCAUCUUGACUCUCAUGCCCUUGGACAACUAUGUUGACAAUCCAGUGGCGGUGAUGAACCGCACACAGGAAGAUGUAAUGAGGGGUGUGGAAGUGCCGGUACUGAAAGAUUACCGUCGCAUCUGUGACCUCCACCACAAAUCUACAGUGAAGAUAGCUUUUCUUGAGCGCUUUGAAUUCUAUGAACGCGCAAAGAAUGCUUUCGCCAUCAUCCAAACAGGAGAGACGUCUCCAUAUGGCAACAUCCUUCUGACCCGAGGAGUAUGCUAGCUGACUUUCCCUCAGCCUUUGGGACAGGAGUGUUCUGCUGUCUUGCAAUAAACACAUAAAAA